AUGCGUGGACAAACAGUCUUUUCUUACGCGCUGGUCGCUUUCGCCACUACCGUUCUCGCUCACCCUGCUGCUAUUGACUCUAUUGAGGAGAGAGAGGCAUAUCAGAUCCCUGGUUUAGCAUUCGCUGCCAAGGUCGGCACUGUGGAUAAGGAGAGGGACUUUCUUGAGAGAAGACAGGCUAAGGCUUCUGGAGCCGGUGGUGCAGCCAAGCCCACGAAACCAGCUGCUGGAGCAGGAGGAGCGGCGGCGGCUAGCGGAGCAAAGCCCAAGCCAACAGCGCCUGGUGGUGCAGCGGCAGCAAGUGGAGCGAGACCAAAGCCCACAGCUGCCGGUGGUGCAGCAGCAAGUGGAGCUAAACCAAGACCAGCUGGCGGUGCAGCAGCAAGUGGAGCGAAGCCAAAGCCCACACCUGCCGGCGUAGCUGCAGCAAGUGGAGCGAAACCAAGGCCAGCUGGCGGUGCAGCAGCUAGUGGAGCAAAGCCAAAACCAAAGCCUACAGCGGCUGGCGCUGCAGCAGCCAGUGGAGCAAAGCCUAAGCCAGCUGGAGCCGCCGGAGCGGCCGCAGCAUCUGGAGCCAAGCCCAAGCCAACGCCAGCACCAAAAGCCACACCAGCUGCAACACCUGAUGCAGGUGAUGAUGAGGAGGAUGAGGAGGAGGAUUAG